AUGACGCGGGCACAAUGUGCGCAUCGAAUUGCUGCGGACAAGAGGGCCUUACUGGGCUUGCUCGUUCUGGGCUUCGCUAUCGAGCAAGCUGCUGGUCAGCAACCUCAGUGGACAUUCGGCUUUGCAAACCGCUCGCCCCAACGGCUACAACAGUGCACGGCAGUCUCGUUCACGCUUACGGGCGGAUCAAAUGACUCUUACGUAGCUAGCCCCCCGUACACAUUGACCGCUUAUGCUAUUGACGGAUCAACUGUCACUGCGAACCUCGGCGACAUCAGUGCUGAUGACGGCAGUGACUAUGCUUGGAACGCGCCUUUCGCUCAAGGCGAACGAGUAGUGCUGAGUAUGGUCGAUAAUGAUGGCGUAGAAGGCGGUGUCACCCAAGCUUACACCGUCGGUGCGUCCGAUAAUGCGACUUGCCUGAGCGCAUCCGCCUCGGACAUCACCGUCACCGUAGACGCAGCCACAUCUGGAUCAUCGCAAGCCAACGUCGCAGCCUGUGGCAGUGUUAACGUAUCAGUCACGGGAGGCAGCGCGCCAUACCAAGUCCUCAUUGUACCUGUCAACGCAGAUGGCGAAACACGCGUCACGCUCCCGAGCGGCCAAGCGAGUGCUGCUCUGUUCAAUGGGCUCUCAUCCGGCGCCCAAUUCUUCGUGACCGCUCAAGACUCGACCGGCAGCUAUGCAGCCAAUAGCUCGAUGCUGUACACAACCUCAAGUGGAAGUUCCAGCUGCCAGAGCGACUCGCAAGCCUUCGGAACAGAGCCGGCUACCAUCACCGCUACCAGCGCCGGCUCGACUACAUCUUCAAGCUCGGGUGGGGCGAGCAGCUCAGGCCAAGACAGUCGUAGCCAUGCUGGCGCAAUUGCUGGCGGCGUGGCAGGCGGCGUUGUGGCGCUCUUAUUGCUGGCUGCUCUGAUCUGGUUCAUCAGCAGACGAAAGCGCCGCGAUCAGGAUUCACAAUCAUUCUAUAGCGCACCCUUCAAGGGCGGCAACAAGACUUCUCAGCCUGGCUUCGUCGCUCCUGCCGCUUUCCGAAGCCGACAGGAUGACAUUGCGACGCAGCCACAGAUGCAGCAAGCGAUGCGACCAGGUGCCGCUGGAAGUGCAUCCGCUACUUCUUUGCUCGCGACCAAUCAAGCUGCUCCAGCGGGUCGCGCCGGUCAUCAGACGCAACCAAGCGCAAGCUCGAUCGGCAGCCUCGGCAGUCUAUACGGUAGACCGCUACCACAGCCGGGCUCAAGCAUUCACCGAGCGGGCUCGGUUGCAAGCGUGAGCAAUCAGUAUGGGCUGUCGGGAGCCGGCGGCAUGCGAGUCACCAAUCCCGACGAAGAUAUGGAACCCAUUGAAGAAUCCAGCCUGCCGUAUCGUGAUUCUGGCGCCGAACAGGAUAUCAAGCCAGCCUCGCCGAGCGACUUGCGCGCGCCAGCUCGAUGGCAGCAGCACAGCGACUCUGGCGUCACCCUCGCUAGCGGUCCACAAAUACCGGAGAACACCGUCGACAUUCCCCCUGCGUACCACCACUAUAGAUAA